AGGCAGACCAGAUCAGCUGGAUUUUGAGAGAUGAAGCAGUUUAGGGCGUACGUUGUAACUAUACUAGUGAUUGUGGCAAAUUUGAUGGUGGUGGGAUGGGGUCAGAGUCAGAGGCAGAGGCAGAGCUCCUCCUCAUGCCUAAACCAGAUUGCUCCCUGCCUGAAUUAUCUUAAUGGAAAUGAUGCAGAUGUGCCAGAUAGCUGCUGCGAUCCUCUGAAAUCUGUGAUUAAAUCCCAACCAGAAUGCUUGUGUGGUAUGAUAAGCAACAAGGGUAGCAGACAAACUGAGCAGGUAGGCAUAAAUGUGACACAAGCUCAAGAGUUGCCUGGACGCUGCGGCCAGCAUGUCAAUCCACUUGUUUGUCUUCCAGGUUCACCAAAUUCAGCUGAAAAUUCUGCCUUCCUCUUGUUCCCAUCACAUAGCAUCAUAAUAUGCAUGGCUGUUCAGAUAUUGUUCUUGGCCAAGAUAUGAGCGGUGAGUGGGUGCAUUUGAUUAUUGAACGUGAGCAAUUACUUUUUUGUAUUUCUUUUUGAGCCCGCAUUUGAAUCCAAUAUAAAUAUAAUUCCUCAGCAAUGCUUUCAGAUUUUUAUAAA